AUGGAUCAAGAAGAGCAAUCCUCGCAGCGGGAAAGCACACCGGCGACGCGGCCGAAAUCUCGCUCGGACCAUUUGAUGAAGCGCGUGUCGAGAGCCUGUUUGCAUUGCAGGCAGCGAAAGUCGAAAUGCGAUUUAGAUAGUAACGGCAAUCCUGGAGUACCGCCAUGCCAACGGUGUCUCCGAGAUGGUCGCGAAUGUAUUUUGGGGAGCUCAAACCGUGGAGGGCGCCGUAUCCGUAAGAACAAAAUGAAGAACUUCACCCCAGAUACAACCCUUCCAGGCCAACGGGAGCCUGUUAUCGAAUCGAUCAGCCCAACCGCUGCAGACAAUCGCCAGUCCACAAAUACUUCAUACCCUGGUCCGGUUGUUUUUGUACCUCCUAAUCCCACAACGGCGACAUCAGUAUCGGUAGAUGAUGAAGAUACGGCUUCAAUUGGGUCGGUCCCGCGGAAUCCAUCUGAUGCUUGGCAGUGUCUCACAGGCAUUGCCAAAAGAGGUGAUGACGGCCCUACCCCUGAGACGAACACUGAUUCUCUGCGCACAACCCACAGCGCCUUCUCAUUUGGUGCUCUCCAGAACGGCACUGUAACCGACUUUCAACCGAAUAGUGGGAUUAAGGCUUACAGACUAGUGCAAUCACGCUCCUUAGACCCGGGCACAGUAUGGCAGUUAGUUGUUCGAUACGCCGAAAAUUUUCACCCGUAUCUCCCUUUGGUGCCGCGGAAAUAUUUUAACCGCAGCGCACUAGAUUCCUUCGCUACAAAUGAGAAGCAUCUGCUCACUGCGGUACUUACAAUCGCAUCGAAGGAUUUAGUCGAACGCCCGGAAAUCCAUGAAUACUGCUCAAAAUAUAUGCACGAAUUGAUCUCGGGAAUAGCUGCUGGUGCCGACUGUGAUGUAGAGGCCGUGGAGGCCCUUCUUCUACUUGCCGAAUGGGAACCACAGGGUCUUCGUCCACGCAUCGAGCGCGUUGGUCGUGGUGAGGAGGAUCGAGCCGCAUGGAUGCAUGUUGGUCUGGCCUUGCGGUCAGGUUAUUUCCUAGGCUUGGACCGGACCUCCUUCCGAGGUGAUCCUUCAGGGGAUACAGAGACGGAAGCCCGCAGAAGGCUAGCAUGGACCAGCUGCUACAUUUCAGAUCGAUUAAUAUCUGUCCGUAUCGGACGGGCUUUUUGGUCUCGUGGACCUGGCCCAAUGACAGGCCUUGUCAGUCAGGAUUUUCCUUCUUUACAACCUAUCAAAGAUGGAGAUGAGGAUUACGCGAGAAUCUUCCAGGCGACCUUAGAUUUGACACAACUUUAUGGGAAUGUACAUGACGUUCUUUACUCUGGUAUGCGGACAAGCAACCAAAUGAUGCUUAUGGGGGACUAUGUAAAAUACGUGGAUGAUUUUCGUCUCGCGAUUUUGCGGUGGAAGUCGCUCUGGGGCUCAUUACCCUGUUCUACGCCCAUACAAGCUACUUUACAACUCUCAUAUGAAUAUCUAAGGCUGUACACUAAUGCUUUUGCAUUCCAAGCUGCAAUUUCCCAAUCAAUGGUGUCGAAGUUAAAGAAUGAUCAGUCACAAAGAGAACAUCUAAGAUCAACUUUCAACGAUGUGGCAUCGAUGCAAGAUGCCAGGUUUAUCUAUGAAUCCGUGGAUGCCGCUAAGGCUUACUUGACAAUUCUUGUUGACCUGGUGCAUCCAGAGAAGCAUCUUCACUUUAUGCCUCUCAGAUUUUAUCUGUACGGAAUUUAUGCAGCUGUUUUUCUGUAUAAGGCUCGAUCGUUUGGAGUAAUGCCAAAUGGCGAGGAAACAAAAGUGCGCGAUCUUGUAACACGAACUACCGACGUAUUGAAACGAGCAAGUGCUGGACCGGACGACAUCGGCUCACGUUAUUCCCGGCUUCUGGAACUCCUGUGGAAGCCUAAGGCUAGGACAGUUGCCUCUCCAGCUGGGACACAUCAGAGCAGUGAUUUCCAGGUGCAGAGUAACGCUAUACCCCAUCGCUUGCCUGAGCAAAGUAAUUAUAUGCAAUUCAGCCCUGCGAACGAUUUCUCGUGGUUGGAUCUUGAAGCAGUUGGGGACUACGUCUCGGGAGACCAAUUACCCGGAGCGAACACAUUGGCGUUUGAUUCGUUCCAGAACCCCGAUCCGUAUCAGACAGGGCAGGACCGUUCCCAAGCCUGGCAGCCGAAUUGGCCUGGAGAUAUGACCAAUCUCCUGUUCUAG